UUCAACGCCAGACCUAGUUUUCACUUCCGAAUCCGGCGAGCCUUUAAUGUUCCUCUCCCGGCAUGCCUUGUCCUCUUCCACCAGCCUGAUCCAACAUGGGACGAGUCAGGACUAAGACGGUGAAAAAGGCCGCCCGGGUCAUCAUCGAGAAGUACUACACCCGCCUGGGCAACGACUUCCACACCAACAAGCGGGUGUGCGAGGAGAUCGCCAUCAUCCCGAGCAAGAAGCUGCGCAACAAGAUCGCGGGGUAUGUCACCCACCUGAUGAAGCGAAUCCAGAGGGGGCCUGUCAGAGGCAUCUCCAUCAAACUGCAGGAGGAAGAGAGAGAGAGGAGGGACAACUAUGUUCCUGAGGUCUCUGCCUUGGACCAGGAGAUCAUUGAAGUGGACCCUGAUACCAAGGAGAUGCUGAAGCUGCUGGACUUCGGCAGCCUGUCCAACCUGCAGGUCACCCAGCCAACGGUCGGAAUGAACUUCAAAACCCCCCGAGGAGCAGUCUAGACAAACCUUUGUAAUAUAUCGAUCUCAAUAAAGAGAAAAACAAAACAAGAA